AUGAACACCCCCGGCACCGGCCCCUCUUCAUCAUCCGGGGCGUCUAAAACUUCCAAGUUCAAGCUGGACCCCAUGUCGCUGCUCCUUCCGCACGAACGAGCAGCGAUCCAGUCUUCCAACCCGUCUUCGUCAUCCUCCAAACAGCCGGCUGCGUCGGUCCCCGCGGCUGCUAAGCCUGCCCACAGCAAGGACCCCGGCACGUUUGUGGGCGGAUUCCGCGUCCCAGCACCCCCAAGCACGAGCCAGCCCAUCCCUGCUCUGCAGCAACCUACCCACUUUGUCCCAGUUCCGACAGGACAGGCCGCCCCUCUGUCCCCACCAGCAUCGCUCAUGUCGACACCGCCCUCCGUGUGGGACACGGCGUCGUCAUGGGAAGCCAUGGAGAACGUUGUCGAGACUCCCGACGCGUCGUCAACGUCGUCGCCGAACGCCGCCUGGAACCGAUUCGGACGGCGGCCAGCCCCUGGCCUGUACAAGUCGCCCAGCGUUCGCACGAGUGGCCGCGCGCGGCUACAGGACUGGGAGAUUGUGGAGACGCUGGGAACAGGAACGUUCGGACGGGUGCUGCUCGUCAGGCAACGGCCGUCAUACCGCCCGGCGUCCUACCACCCCAUCUUCCCGCACUUAUACCAGGCUUCGGAUCCGCAUGCGCCGUCACCGGCAAGCACGCAACAGGCCGACGGCCAGCUCCCACAUUUCGCUAUGAAGGUUUUGCGCAAGUCGGAGAUCGUGCGGUUAAAGCAGGUCGAGCACAUCAACUCUGAGCGACGGAUUCUCGAGCGCGUGCGGCAUCCGUUCAUCGUCGAGCUGUAUGCGACGUAUCAGGACAACCUGAACGUGUACAUGCUGCUGUCGUACAUCCCCGGAGGCGAGCUGUUCAGCCACCUGAGACGAGCUGGACGGUUCUCGGCCGAUGUCACGCGGUUCUACCUCGCCUCGAUCGUGCUCGCCAUCGACUACCUGCACCAGCAGAACAUCAUCUACCGCGACCUGAAGCCGGAGAACCUGCUGCUCGACCGCACCGGAUACCUUCGCAUCGCCGACUUUGGAUUCGCCAAGGUCGUCGAGGACCGAACGUUCACGCUGUGCGGAACACCCGAGUACCUCGCCCCGGAGAUUGUGCUGUCGCAGGGCCACGGCAAGGCCGUCGACUGGUGGGCGCUCGGCAUUCUCGCCUUUGAGAUGCUCGCUGGCUACCCGCCAUUCUUCGACGACCACCCGCUCGGCAUCUACGAGAAGAUUCUGCGCAACGAGAUUGCGUUCCCGUCGCACAUCGAUCCGUAUGCCAAGGACCUGAUCCGCGGCCUGUUAACGGCGGACAGGACGAAGCGUCUGGGCAACCUGCGCGGCGGAGCGAAGGACGUCAUGAACCACGCCUGGUUCGCUGGCGUCGACUGGCGCAGCCUCGAGCGCAAGGAGAUUGGCGCCCCGAUCGUCCCCCGCGUCGGCAGCAUGAGCGACUCGCAAAACUUCCAGCGCUACCCGCCGCCGAAACCGACCGAGCUCCCCGGCAUCUUUGGCCAGGAGUACGACGAGAGCGAGGACCAGUACGCGGCCAUGUUCCGCGAGUUCUCCUUCCCGCGCGUCGGCGAGGACGACGCGAUGGACGAGGAGUGA